GUUGAAAGAUCCUUUCGGGUAUACUGUUUCAAAUUUGCAUCAAGAGAUAUCUAUCAUAUUUUCAUUCAAUCUGAUCCAUUGAAAUAUACUAAAAAUUGACAAAAAAGUAUUAAUUAAUUCCACCAAAGAGAAGGCAAUACAAAUUGUUUUCAUGACGUCAUCAAAAACUUAAAUGGCUUUUUUGAUAAAUUUAUCGAAAUUUGUGGUGCAUGUGAUUCUCGAGGUAUGUCACUGUAGAGGACGGUCUACAUAAGUAUUGAAAAUAGUAUUUUGCAUAGAAUCGUUGCUAGUCAUCGUCCGAAUUACAUCAUGGAAACAGCUACGUCUCGGUUGUUUUCUCGUCAUAUACUGAAAUGCUGCCGGAGAUUCAGUUGGAGUCAGGGCCGGAGGACGUUUCUCUCAGAUGCAUACAAGUGCCAGGACCUCUGGGAUGCCCGCACAAGCCUACCCAUCUUCAAAGACCUAAAUAUGGAUAAGUUCUACCUUGCCAUUGAUAAGAAUUUUCAAACAAAAGGGAAGGUCCUUCCUGUCGACAUUGAUAUCUUCGCCGUGAAUGCCGUGUCGGACCAGCAGCUGGACGACCUGCAGGACGUGCUGCACCGGUUCCGGCGCACGCCGCUCACCACCGGCGCGCUGCCGUCCACCGGCCACGCGCUGGUGCGCGCCCUGCUGGCCGCCGCUGACCCGGAGCGCCAACAGCGCCUUCUGGAUGUGCUCGACGACAGGAUGAACUACGGCGUUUUCCUGGACACCCACACGGCCAACAUGUGCAUGGACACCUUCCUCAAGGAGGGCAACUACAGAGACGCGGCCAAGAUCGCCACGCACCUGAUGCUGCAGGAGGAGUGGUCCGACCCGAUCAACCGGGCGCUGGCGCUCUACUCGUGCUGCGCCUACGUCGAGAACCCGGUGCCCGAGCCGUGGCGGCAGCCCGACCCCGAGGAGGAUCCCAAGGCGGAAACGGAGUUCAUCCGGGUGAAAUACCUGCGUAACGAGUGGAACGACGCCCACUUUGAUCUGCGCGAGUGGUGGGAGCUGUGCGGGAAGACGCUGGCCUGGGUGGGCGCCUCGGGCGACCAGCUGGGGGACCGCAGCUGCCAGCUGCUCGGCUGGGCCCUCUGGCGGCAGUGGGACCAGCUGCGUCAGUGCUGCGACCGGCUGCAGGGCAGUGACGGCGUUUGCAGGGAUACGCUGGAGCGGGUGGCCGGUCUGCUGGCGGACGCCGGCGACUCGUGCCCGGACGCAGCGGCGCUGUCGGCGCGGGUCUCUGCGCUGCCGGCCGCCGACGCCCCGCUACUGGAGACGCUGCGCCGCGCCGCUGAGAGCGCCGUGGCCGAGCACGAGCCGGCGGCGGUGGCGCAGCUGCGCGCCACAUACGCCGACUGGGAGCGCCGCCGGCUGGAGGCGCUCGAGCAGCAGCGCCAGGCUGAGGAGCGCGCGCGCCGCGUGCAGGCGCUCGAAGAGAAGCGCCAGGAGCUGUGCGAGCGCGAGCGGCUGCUGUGGUUCUUUGACCGCGAGGAGCAGCUGUUGGCAGAGGUGGACCGCCAGUGGAACCGGCCGCAGCCGCCCAAACCGCCGCACGUUCAGAAACUGCUGCGCAAGAAGCGGCCCACGCAGACCGACUACGUUCCGCCGCACGUGCAGCGUACACACAACCAGUGAUCAUCAACAGGACCGUGUGUAUAUCUGUGUGUGCUGAGAGCGUAGAGGGCAAUACAUCGAUGACAGUGUAAGA